AGAGAAUAAAAAUGCGAACUGAAGCCUGUCUAGGCGCGGCAGUUGGCAGAGCAGAGACUCCCCUGUCGCCCAGCGCUGAUAUUUGCCUAUAUCUUGCUUGCUGUAAUUAAUAAAAUUCUUAUAUUGGCUACACUGACUGAGUGAAAUUUAUGACAAUUUGGUGCCGUGACUCGGAUGUAACCUGUGAGACGGGAUCUUCUUUGGCCUUACCAAGGAGGCGCCCCGCCUGUCAAUAGGCGGCCUUGGUAGUCCAAUUUCCCGUCCCGGUUGCACCGACGAACCCAAAAUUCAAGAUAUUAGGCAAAGGAGGCCGGCAGACCCUAUAAACUUUGUGCACAAAGGUCUGGACGAAGCCGCGGGACGCUCUUCCAGAUAUUAAAAGACCCUUUUACUUGUUCGUAAACACGGACGGUGGUACGGCUUACGGAGUAUUGACCCAAGAAUGGGCUGAGAAAAAGAAACCUGUGGGAUAUCUGUCCAAAUUACUAGACCCAAACCUGCAAUUCGGACAGCAGAAAAAGAAUGGACUCAUGCCAGCAGAAUUAAGGGACCGGUGGAAAUCCAAGAUCCUGGCCCCGAACCCGAAUCAGCUUCUGAGUGGCAAGUAAUUGGAAGUCCCAGAGGAUUGAAGCUAAAAAUACAAAGGAAAGGGACUAGCAGAACUCAAAUGUCAAACGUCCAAAAGGAUUGAAUUUCCACUCGGGAGGAGGGAAAUGUAUGGAGCACCCACAAUCAAAUCUUUUCCUUUGUAAAGUUUGCAGAGGCAAGUGGUAAGCCCAUUGCGGCUAGAAAAUUCCUAGCGAGAAAAUUAGCGAAAUCACUUAUACUUAGCGAACUUACCUGAGAGGUAUCCCAUGCGGUUCCGCCUCGGUUGAACACCGGAGCUAAGAAAUUUAUAUAAAGAACUACGGGUGCUGCCUAGGAGGGCUCCUGAAGAAUAUCCUUGCUGCCGAGAAGAUGGCUCACCUCGUGGCUCGAAGCAACCGGGUCGACGAGCGAGGCAGAGGGGUAACAAAUAGUGGAGAACGAAACCUCCAGAUCAGGACACCCGUAGGGCGUUUAGGACACUAUCCUGCAAAAGGGACUGGUAAUGAUAUUCCCUGUUGGACAAACAAAGGACACUCCCUUCCUCCGGACGGGAUUUACCCCUUGACUCUGCAAACUCUUGUCCUGCAUAUCCUAUUGCUUGUACGAUCAGCGGGUGCUAAUGGACCCUCAUCCCACCAGCCAUUUCAGUGGUCUUUGAUAAGAUGGGAAGACCAAAAGGUGCUUAGGACUAGUGUUACCCCUGGAGCUCCUAGUUUUACCUGUUAUCUUUGUGAUAUUGUGCCCACUCAACCCUGUCUAAAUUUAUAUGGGUUCUAUCUCUGUCCGAGUUCAAAUCCGGGGAAAGGGUAUUGCAAUUACCCCGGACAUUAUUACUGCGGCUAUUGGGGUUGUGAAACCAUUGCCUCAGAUUGGAAGGUACACAGUCCGGACCAAUAUUUGAAAGUGGGAUGGGGCCCUAGCGGAUGUGAACCUCCAAUACACUCCGGAGGCGGUUUUGUAAGAACAGGAAAUUGUUCAUGGAUCUAUAUCAAUAUCACGAACCCAGAGGAUACAGGAUGGUUAAUAGGGAAAACCUGGGGAGCUAGAUUAUGGGAACCGGGCGUAGAUAGAGGCGGACAUUUCCUUAUCAAAAAGGAAAUUAUCCCGCAGGGCACGGAGCUCGUUGGGCCUAAUUCGAGUCUACAGGACUAUAUCCCCUCAGCAAAUUACUCAGCGACGGAGUCAGAGAAUGACACCAGUCUCUAUGAUUAUGCGAAUGAGACUGCAGUUGAUUCUGGGCCUAGAAUAGCCGAUUCCAGUGCCCACAGUGUGGUAGAAUAGGAUGUAUAUCUUGCUUGCUGUAAUUAAUAAAAUUCUUAUAUUGGCUACAGUGA